CGGGCGGCAAGGCGGGGGCCGGCAGCGGGCCGGCGCCGCGCGCCGGCUUUGGCGUGGCGGCGCGGCCGAAGCGGUGCGAGCUCAGCGUGCGCUGCUCGGGCCGCCGCCGCGGCGAUUGUUGAUGGAGCAUCGGUCGCCUCCACCACGAGGGCAGCGAAAAACUGCUCGUGGGAAUUUGCCGCCGCGCCAGGUACAACCAAGGUAUACCGUAGGUACUUUCGGGCACACAUACUGCGGUAAUAAUUUAACGCAGGCACACGCCCGACGGCGGGACGUGUGGCUCAGAGCCGCGCGCGCGCACGCGAUCAUCUACACGUAGCACCGCUGCCGCAACAAACGGGCUGCCCUUGGAACAUGGUCUACGGCCAGUUCCACGACUGUGAUGCGGGUUCCACGAUUAUCCUGGACGUCGGCUCGUCGUCCGUGAAGGCCGGCUUCUGCGGCGAGGACCUCCCGCGGGCCGUCUUUCCCGCUCGCGUGGGCGACAAGCCGACACACAAAAAGCGGUCCGCGCGCGGCAUGCCCGAGAGCGCCGAGGCGACGCCGGCGACUCGCCGGGACUUCCCGGUGCGGGACGGCGCCGUCGCGGACUGGGAUCUUUUGGGGAAACUGCUGGAACUUACUUUUACGGAAGAACUGGAGACAACACCGGAGCAGGGCUACGCCGUCCUGGUCGCCGAGGCGCCGGGCGCCAAGGAGGAACAGCGGGAGAGGAUGGCCCGGCUCCUCUUCGAGACCCUGAAGGCGCCGGCCGUGUGCUUCUACAACGCGGCUGCUUUGUCGCUUUUCGCGUCCGGGCGGACGCGCGGGCUCGUUUUAGACGUGGGCGCGAGCGUCUCGAAAGCCGUGCCGGUCUUCGAGGGAUUUGGGAUAGCGCACGCGCUGACGACCUCGAAGCGCGCGGGCGCGGCGGUAACGGCUGUGCUGGCCGAAAAAAUGGGAUUGGGCCACGACGACGCGCGCCGCGCGAAGGAAAAGGCGUGCGCGUUCGGGGCUCCCGAGGACGUUGAGGUCGAGCUCCCCGAUGGCACGGUCGUUUCCGUGGACGCCGCGGCGCGGGCUUUGGCGCCGGAGGCGCUCUUCGAGGACCGCGAAGUCGGGGAGGUCGACGAGGACUGCACGAGCCUCACGCGGCCGGGCGACGACGACCGGAACCUUCAAACGCUCGUCGCGUCGUCCCUGCAGCUGUGCGACAAGGACCUGCAGGUCGAGUUCGCCGAGAACGUCGUGCUGGCCGGCGGCACGACCAUGCUGCCCGGCUUUUGCGGCCGUUUGCAGAAUGAGCUCGAGCGGGGCCUGAGCCACCGCGCGCGCUGCGUCCCGGGCGGCGCCGGCGGGCCCGCGGAGCGGGGCUACACGAAGCAGCGGAAGCACGCGGCCUGGGUCGGCGGCUCGCUCUUCGCGUCCCUCGAGACGUUCGAGCACAUCAAGGUCACGAAGCGCGAGUGGGAGGACGACGAGGAGGCGGUACACAAGCGGAGCUUCUAGCGGCCGGUGUCCGGGCGGGCACAAUAAGCGGGCACUUUUGUGCCUUUUUAGUCACGGCCCGGGUCUAGAUAAACUCUAGAGUCAUGAUCACUGGCAUGAUUAGCCCUGAUUUAAGUUGGAAUGGAACAUGA